UCCCGUAAGUUCACGUGUGUGUCUAAACAAAAAUCAAAACUCAUUUUUAUAAGUGAAUAUUCAAGUUAUUGUGGUGAUAAUCAGUGAUGGCCAACAUUAGAAAUGUGACCGCUGACCAGUUGAUCGCAGGUACCAGCGUUCUAUCGAGACCUGCAGAGGAGUUCGAAAAUGACGCCUCUGUGGAAGCCCUGUGGGCGAUGAAAGCCUUCGAACACGCAGAGAUUUACUUUAACAUUCUCUGCUCCCUGGACCCAAAAAUCCUCCGACUGACCCCCCACGACGACGCAAUCUACAAAACCUUCCGAGAAAUAUUCCCAGAUCUGAAAGUAGACGUGAUCAACGAAGACGAGAUGAAAUCUCCAGAGGGCAAGAACAAGUGGAGGCCAUUCUGCGAGCAAUUCAAAGACCUCGUCGAGGAUUACAGUAUGGGAACACUCUUGAGAGUCGACUGCACUGACGAAUACUCCGAGAAGAACAGUAUCCUAGUCACCAGGAUUCAGUUCUACGCGAUUGAACUAGCGAGGAACAGAGAAGGCUUCAACGACUGCAUUAGGAACAAAUUCAAGCCCAAGAAAAUUGUGAAAACAUAGAACAUCUCCAGAAGAGAGUUACUCCAAUGAAAAAUAUGUUUUUCAGCUUAAUUUUAUAACGAAGAAAGAAAAAACGGAUUCAUUUCGUCUUAAAUCUAUUUUAAACAUUUUAUUAAUUAAAAAAUUGAUAAGGUAACUGA